AUGCUAAUGCUGCGUAGUUCCGAGCCCGAACAGAAUAACCCUGAGCAGCUUGAAGAGCCCAAACAGAUUCACGUCUCUUGUGACAAGACUGAUAUAACCUGGAAAGAUGGCAGCGGUCGGGCACAGAGUAUUGAUAAUAUACCUUUCAAAGUCGACAUAGACACCCUAAUCUCCAAAACCAUUUUUAGACUCUCUUGUCGGGUCUGGAUCAAGGGCAAAGGCAAAAAUAGGUCCGUCUAUUUGUUUAUACACCCAGAGAAUAUUCAGAACAUCAAACUAGGAGACGACGACGAUGUACCAUCACUGCAUUUCUCCAUGAAUCAGGGUCAUUCUCGCCUUGUUAUCCCCAGCGAUUGCAUCUUAGGCUGCAAGAAAUCGGCGAUUUUACGAUACAUUUCAGGAAUGAUCAAAUUAACGCGCCACCACUUACAGCAAAUCGCAUCAGUAUUCUCGGCUACCAACAUCAAUCGUCCAGAAACAGAUGACAGACGCACCGACCUCCGAACAUUAUAUAAUGGUAUAAGAAGCCAUGUUUUCGACGCAGGUGCGACCCUUGUAGAUAAAGCAUUGCUGGAGGACACAUCAGCACCCCCUCCAAUUGACUAUGAGCCUGGCCGCGAACACAAACCUCAAUCCGACUUGACAGGCCUCGUACAAUACCUUCUUGAUAUGGAAAAUUGUUUGAGAAAUGACAUGAAAGAUAUGGUUGAAUCUACUGAGACCCGUCUAAAAAAUGACCUGAAACAAGUGAUCGAAUCUACUCAAGACUGUUUAAGAGACGACGUGAAAAAUAUGAUCGAAUCUAGUGAAAAUCAUACGGUUGAAUCUACGGAAAAUCGCUUAAAAGAUCAAAUGGACGAUAUUCUCAAUCAUAUGAAAGGGCUUGAGGAUACUUUGGCCGCAGACUCCAGAGCAGACGAUAUAGAGCGCGGGGUCGAUAUGGCUGUGGAUGAUUUAAGAACGGAAUGUAUCGGGACCAUUGAAUCGGAAUUCAGAUACCUCAGAUAUGGCAUUGAAGAGGUGACGAAAGGCAUGGAAGAGGCUGAAGAAAAAGCAAACGAGGUGUUAAACUUGGUGGACGAAGCUGGCGAUGGUAUAGAGAGGCGAGUAGGGAGAUAUCUAAACAGCAUUCGCUUGCAAGUCACCGUCGACGAUGAAUAA